GAAAUUGAUGAAUGCAAGGAUGGAAGCCAUGAUUGUCACAUAAAUGCCAACUGUACCAACAUUCCUGGCUCUUACAACUGCACGUGCAGGCCUGGCUACCAAGGCAAUGGGAGCAUUUGUAAAGGUAAAACUUGCUGAUAAAUGUCAUAAUAAGACUUAAUUUAUAUUCAUUUCUUGUUUUUUUCGUUUCCUUACUCAGACAUCGAUGAAUGCGAAAAGGGAAGCCAUGAUUGUCACAAAAAUGCGAAUUGUACAAACGCAGCUGGCUCUUACAACUGCACAUGCUUGCCUGGCUACACAGGCAAUGGGAGCAUCUGUGAAGGUAAAAAUUUGGGAAGACCUUAGAUAACAUUGAUCUUAACCAGGUUGUGGCGUCCAGCGGUUUAAGAGAAAACAAGAAUUUAGGUGCCGGUGGGGUGCUCAGUCUCGCGGGCUCAUAUAACCUGGUCUCAGUCAUUCUUAUUUAAAGAUUUUCAAACAUUUUCCGAUUAAUUUUUUAUGACGCGCCUUUAUAGAGUCGGGGCUUAUAGCUCCCUUUGAUACUCUUUCCCUAGUUAUACUUACACUUAAAACCAUGAAGAUGAUCACUUAAUUGUUACAGCAGUAAAAUAAGCGCUCGAUCGCAGCGAUCUUACGGAAGCAGUCUUUGAACUGCUCCUUGAACUUCAUCUUUUUAAAAUUUCUGUGAUUCCAAUGUAGGAGGUAGGUUUAUGUGUAAUUCUGGCAUUUUGUUUUUUCAGAUGUUGAUGAAUGUGCUGACAACUUACAUGACUGCGACGCUAAUGCAAACUGUACAAACAUCCCGGGAUCCUAUCGCUGUGUUUGUAACCCACCAUAUAAUGGAUAUCGGAAAAAGUGCAUUAAGACACGUGAGUGUAGCAUUAAGCCCAGAAAUAUAAAAUGACCCGAGUGAAAGUUGGAGGAGAAUGGGGGGUUGAUGGCUUAGGGCUUGUUUACAUGGUGGUGGGGGACCCCAGGUAGGUGAGGAGAUCCGCUUAGGUUGGGUAACCCGCCUGUCCAUAUAAUCUCUCAUUUUAAUUUGAUGUCAUUUACAUGAUAGGUGGGGUGGUCCCCCACCUCCAUGUAAACCGGUCAUUAGUUGGUACUGCGCCUUGGAUCCAAAUGACGUUUAGAGAAGGCAACAAUUGCUUUAGGCCCUUUAUAGGGUGGAUUUCCACUGUCGUGUAAUUUUUACGUGCGUUCGAGCAGAAAAAUUUAAUUACAUUCGUAAAUAAAAGAGAGGCAAUAUAUGAAGGAUCGCGCGUAAUAGUAAAAGUUGAACCUCGCCCAACUUCACGUUUAAGUGCAACACGGCUUCGUACCUUGUCUCUAUUUUAUUUACGCGAGUAAGAUUUACGUGCGUUUACACGAGCGCAAAAAUUACGCGUCCACCCUUCAUGCAGGUGCGAAAAGAAAGGCCUGAAAAAAAAUUCGGGCUUGAAUCGGAUUCAAACUCUUGACCUAUGCGAUACCGGUGCAGCGCUCUAACCAAUCGAGCAAGCAAGCCAUCUGGGAGCUGGUCAUUAUAAAAAUGGGUCAUUCCCUGGGUUCAAACCUUUCACAAAAAUAGGUCAUCUCCGAAUUAUCACUUUCAAAAUGAGGCUGAGUGCAAAAUCUUUCUUGUGAAAAUGACUUUUUUUUGCAUGAGAAUAAAAAAUCAUUUUCAUAUCGCACUUAGGCUCGCUUGGAAAUAGAGGCUUAGAGCAACUGUUGAUUCGUAAUAUACCCGGGAAAGAUUACGGGCUUUCUACCUGUAGAGCAGUUUUGGAUUAGUGACUGCAUAUAUGCAAAAGAGGUGGGGAACCUAAACGCUGAGCUCAAGUUCACUUGGAGGAUUCAUGAAGGCAAAUGAACCGCAGUAUUUAGUAAGAAUUGUAGCAAGCACGGCAUGAUAAUAAAUUUAACUGUUUUCAUAUACAAUCCUCUCUAUUGGCGAGUAACUGCGGACGUCGUUUUCGUCGCCCUUUUCUCAUCAAAUCGUCAGCUUUUCAACGAAGUCGUCGCAUAUUAAUAGUUGUUCUGCAUGGUAACGCUACUGGUCCUACUGGGGAGCUCGAGCAACCACCAUGACGGCGAAGGUAACAUGAAAAUAAAAAGAAACAUGCAACAGGUUUGAGUGAUAAACAAAAGAAAAAAAAGCCUGAACGUGCAGCGCACUUUUUGGAAAAUUUCCUUGCCAUUGUCGCACGAGUGACGUUCUCAAACUUUAUCGAAAUGGCAAUGCGAUCGUAGCUUUAGCCCCCGCCCAGACGUAUGCGGAUAUUUUUAAUCCACAAAUUUUUCUUUGCAGAUUCAAAAAUUUCCACGUCCACACGUAUCCGUAUUCAAAUCGAAUUUGCCCGUCCACACGAAACCGGAUUCACUCUCAGUUCGUCAGCUAAUUUGUAAUAAAGCGAUCUUCGGCUCAAGCGAAAAUUUUAUCGCCAGUCUGUUUCACUGAUAAAAUUGUCCCAUCAAGCACUAUAUUUCGCUCGUUUGACUUGUUUACGGCGUCCAAUCCGUCCGUCCCACAUGGAAAGAAGCUUCAAAAUGUCAAUCCGCCGUUUGCCAUAAUUGAAGUGUACAGUAAUCAUAGCUACAUUGAGAGACAAACGUGUUGAGACACGUCUAUAAAAUGCCCCCUUUUGAACAGUGGACAUACCUAUCCCCUUCCCUGAGUACUCCACCCCCCUCCCCCAAAACCAAUGUUAUGUUUUAGACCCUGAAGUCUUUCUUUAUCUACAAACAACAUUGAUUCGGGGGUGGGGUGGGGGAUUUAUGGCGUUUAAAUAGAAUGAAAUAAUAAAUGUAUGAAAAUGUUGAUAAAAGCACUCGUUUUAGACGAGUGUGUCAACUACUUUUGUCCCUGAUUGUAGGUUUACCUGCACAAACGUUAUACGACUUGAAACUGAAGUGCAAGAAGUAAAGAAGCGAUAAUAUUGCGCUGGGCACCAUCUUGAAUAUUCACGGUAAAGAACUGGGCAAAACGUUACAGUGUAAGGAAAUAUCCGGAUUUUGCGCCCACAAAAGUGGCUCUUGGCGCCCACUCAAAGAGUCUGAAAUGUCAUACGUCUCCACCCCCUAACCCGUCGGGUGUCUCUUCCCAGCGCUCCCCACCGGUUAGGAGAUGGGUAAGUGUGAUUUAGACUGAGCGUCCACAUGAUUCCGGAUUUAUAACUCAUUCAAAAAUUUCCUCUUUGGAGAGCGGAUUCAGAAAGUAGCGGAUUCGUAUGCCGGAUUCACCGGAUACGUGUGAACGGAAGCCGGAUCCGCAAAGAAAAAGUUGCGGAUUCAAAAAUAUCCGGAUACCUGUGGACGGGGGCUUAAUCUCUAAGAUUGUCGUUUCAUAAAGCGAUUUCGCGACUUCGCCCAUAGAGAGUCUCAUAUACCUUUAGCACGACUAUCCGUGCACCGCUACGGUGAGUGCCAUAAUUUGCUGGAUUGAUGCGCUUUUCCGCGUGCGAUCAUACCAAAGACAUGAACCAAUGAUUUCUUUUCUAAGGUGGUUUUAAUGCAUCAACUAUUCUUGGCAACGACAGUAGGUACUUGGAGAAUUUGACGUUGUUUUUGGAGCCCGUGAUCAAUAGUUCAGUCCGUAGUAGGUUUGUGAGGUGUUGGCACGCUAAAGAGGACGGCUGGGCGGCGUCUACGUUCCACGGCAACUGUGAUGACAAGGGACCCACUGUAACUAUCAUUCAAGUCGGCAGUUUUAUAUUUGGUGGAUACGGGUGAUGAAUAAGGAAUUGUUUACCUGAAGAACGAAAAGUACAGCGGCCUUGAUGUUUUUCUGUAGCCAGACCAAACGGCCAACCGAGGCAGGCGGGGGUUGAGGGGUUCGGAGGCACGAGAAAUUUUGAACUUUACUCGGAAAGGAGAAUCAGGAACUUUUUUUGUUUAUUUUGCUUAAUCAGAAACAAGCUAACAAUGAAGCCAAACGAUCAAAAAAAAAGUUAAUACAGCGAGAUCGAUGAUAUGGUAAUUUUUCAUAGUAUAUUUUUGCUGAAUUCUUUUGUAAUAUCAUGAUGUAAAAAUUUUCUGUUUACGUCAACAUUUUACAAUCAACGGCGCAGCUACAAUCAAAGCGAGAAAGUAAUUCCUCAGCAAUCAGAGUUGGCCAUUUUCAUGAUGACAUCACUCGAAAUGAACUACCAGAAGUUUGUUUUUCUCUAAUUCACUAUUUAAAUUAAAUUAUCCCGGUCAGGUUUAAAUCUUAUAAGAAUCGAUUUUGAAAUACAUUUUAAAACAAAAGUCAAUAAUAAAAAAGAAGCUUGUCUUAAUGUCAUCAUUAUCAAAGAUAAUAUAUCAGUCAGGGCCACAACCAGAUCUGGAUAUAUGAUGACGUCACCCACAUUUGCAAAAUGGCGCCCACGCCGAGAAACACGAGGGAAGGUCACUUCCUGGCUCUUUGCUGCGCCUAGAAGUGUCCUUUCCCCAUACUACUUUGAGAGCUGUGACUUUAGACAAUGCGAAAUCAGGGGUGUGAAGAAAAAAUGCCGUCCGAUGAACGUUUGUGCGUUCUUGGGAGGUAAAACGACCGAACACGAGAGUUUUUCAGCUCAAAGAAAUGCCCGACAAGGAGCAAAACAUCGAAAAAGAGAAGGUGAGUGUCAUUUUUUGGACCUUUGAAAAAAUUUUUUUGAAAUCUACAUAAAAUUUGCUUGUUGAUAGUGGUCUGUUUGGUGUAGUGCAAAGCAGUUUCACAUAGUGCUGUGCUUUUAAAGAUGCAAAAGUCAGUUGCGCAGUUAACGUGCGGGUUUUUGUAACGCCAUGUUUAUUUUACGUUAUUUUGCAGUCGGAUGAAAAAUCACCUUGGUUUUUUGCAAAGAAGAUGCCGUUUGUGUGGGAAAACGUUCUCUAAAGUCAAAACUGUCCAGAACUGCGACAAAACAGCGUUUCGAAGGGAACUUUUGAACUUCUUUGGCGUAGAUAUUGGGCUGGACUCCAGAGAAAUCCAUCCACAGAAAGUGUGUUCGGCUUGUAGGAGAGUCGUUUAUCAUUUAAAUUCGGGUAACUUGGACCCCGAAAUCUCUGAAGGGAGAAAGCAAGGAAUAAGACUGUUUGUGUGGAAGGAACACUCCUCAAACUGCUAUUGCCUGCAGAACCUCAAUAUUUAAAAGGGUUUCAAACAUGGUGAAAACUCUCAGAUCAGUUGCAGAAUCAUGCGAAGGUCUUGAUGACAUGGUGAUACGAGUAAGAUAACUGCUUCUUCAAGUUUAAACAAUAGAAAAUUACAUCUGAAACUCUACUUGUAAAUGACUGCCUUGUCACGAGUUCAGAAAAGUGAAAACAACAAGAAUAGCCCCAAGCGAGCCCACAUUGUAGGAGGCAAUACGAUAGCUUUGAAUACAAAAAUCUUGACUGAAAUGAUGAUGGUUGAUUAAUCACUGUCAUGAGACAGUAUGCAACAGUGCAAACCAGUUUCCCACUUAUAUAAUUUUCGAUUACUGAAUUAAAGUGUCAAUGCUGACAAUAUAAUAACGGUGUAUGACAUUUGCAGACUGCAGACUGCAUGAGGCAGCAAGACUGUAAAUUGAAUGAAACCAAAAGUAUCGUAAUAAAGGUGGCAUCAUCAUCAAAAUUACCUUGUUCCGAGAAGUACAUGUAAGACCUAGAAGCGAAGUUUAUAUUUUUCAUGCAAAUUACACCGACCUCAUUCCUAAAGGAGUUGUUGGCUGUUCUUCUUGUAUUGGAUUAGAGCAGAAUAAUGUCUGCCGAUGUCACAAACUCGCUCAUGGAUCCAUAGCAAAAGGCUAGCAAUUUAGCCUGCAACACAGACGAAACUAAACUCUGGUUAUAUAAGUCUGUCUGUGAAACAGCGCCAGAAUCCUUUUUCUACGGGAGCCCCACCUGUGUACUAGGAUUUGAGUAUGAGCAAUGAUUGGCCUGUUAAAAAAGCCAUUGUCGAUUUGCCUAUUUAGAAAUUCAAAAUGCACUUCCGGUAAUUCGUCGAGUCCAGGUAGGAUCUGUUCGGUUUAGAUUAUUUAGCACAUCCUUAAAAACUGCUAAGAUGAAAUACGUCAUUUAAAAGGUGUUAAAUGUCCGUGAUAUAUCCUAGUUGUUUUCGUUGACGUAACUGUAGUGAGUACGAAGUGCUUGCAAUCUAAAAACUUUUUUUUACAGAAGACUACUAUUUAGACAGGCAUUAGUGGGCAUUGCUACUUGUUAUUAUCAAUUCACAAUAAUCAAAGAAGAAUAAAGAAUCAACGCAAUUAGUGAUAUGCCGGAUGAGUCAAUAAAGAGUCGCGUCGGUGAAGAAUAGCCAACAGCAUCUUGGAAAUGAGACCAAUGUAACUUUGCGCAAAAAUAUCAACCUUGUUCCCAGGCUACCUUCUCACUUUCACACGAUGUUAUAUUUUUGAUGGUGUCACCUUUAUUAGGAAGAUUUUUGGUGUCUUUUAAUUUACAAUCUGCAAUCUGUGGUCUGCAGUCUGUGUUCUGCAGUCUGCAGUCUGCAGUUUGCGGUCUGCAGUCUGCAGUCUGCGGUCUGCAGUCUGCAGUCUGCAGUCUGCAGUCUGCGGUCUGCAGUCUGCAAAUGUCAUACACCGCUGUAUUUUCGAUUGCUUAUAUAAUUUUUUAAUUUAUUAUUUAUUUGUUACUUUUAUACUUUGCCUUAGGUUAUGACAUGCAAGGUGGAAAAUGUGAAGAAUGGCUGAAAAUACACUUUAAACAGGACACCAAAUGAUCGAUCUUACAAAACUGUUAAAUAUUUCAUAAUUACAGUCAAACCCCAUUGAUAUGGACACUGAAGGGGCCAUAGGAAGUGUCUAUAUAACGGAGGUGUCCAUAUCAAGCAAGUCCUGUUAGUCAAAAAUACACUUUUUUUUAUCGAAAUACUACAGCAUCACACCUAACAUCUUUAAACAUCACUAAGCUCUUAUUCUGCAGACUGUGUCCAUGAAAACACACGGAAGUCUCGAGAAAAUAGAUCAAAAAUUAAGUAAAAUUUACCAACUCGAUUGAUGUCAAAAUGGUCUAUUAUUGUUGUGCACAAUUCAUUCAUUUUGGUGUACUAUGAUGCUGGGAACAUGUGAUGUCAACUAAAUGAAAGGUUUUUUUACCCUACAAAAAAAGAGGUUGACUACAGCACACAAUGGACUAUAAAGUCUGCAGAUUAGCGAGGUUGGCUUUAUAUGAGAAUCUGUUCAUUGAGGAAGAAUAAAACGUCCAUUAUCCCUUUUAACAGGUCAGUCUGUAUUAAGUGGGUUGAAUAAAGAGAAAAAUUAAGGGUUUUCCCCAGUGACCAAGGAAACUUCCCAUAAUAACAGGGAGUCCGCAUUAAGCUGGUGUCAGUAAAGAGGGGUUUGACUGUAUGAUACAGGACAAACAUAAUCUAAUAAUAAUAGAGGCUUAGUGCCCACUAAGUUUUUCAGUGUGUAUGUAUUCCACCUACAGUGACAGGAUAUUACUAUAAUGACAUAGUUUUUACACUAAAUCAACAAAACUCAGAAACCCAGGCAUUGUUUGGAAUACAAGACAGCCUUUAUUAAUCAUAACAAAACACAAUACAUGGUAAAUAACUAAAAGGUAAUAUUAAGUAUAAAAAUAAAGUGCUCCAACAAAUAAGAAAGACCAAACUAAAAAAGAAUUAAAACAACCUCUAUCAAAUAAUAAAAGUGAUCACACUGUUCAUGAAUAGAACAAAAUAAAACCCUACAGGGAGGGAGGGAGGGAGGGAAAUGAUUGCUAGUGCAAUAAAAGUGAAUGUUGCUACUGCAAUACCAAGUGAAAAUGUGACUAAACUAGAAUUGUAUCCGUCUGUAACCCAUAUUACAGUCGUGGUAUUUUUAUCUACCGUAAAACUACUAUAUCCUAGGUAGUAGGCACAUGGUAUUAUGAAAUCUCUCAUGCCACAAAACUACUGUGAUGCUGUACUAGCCCUGAAUCCCAAUGUGACAUCUUCCUUUGAGAUUUGGAACCGCAUCAGUCGUCUCAACUGAUGCACCCCCUUAAUAACAAAAAUUUAAAGGAACAAAUUUUUUUAAAAAAUAUAGAGAUAUAAAUAUAUAUAAUAUUUUCUUGUCUUGUGAAAAACCAUUCUAUUAAAUUUUUUGACACAAACAAUAGUAAAGUCUGCACAUCUAUUUCAUUUGUCAAAGCUGUUUUUCAAAAUACAAUUGUCAAUUAAAUUAUGUUUACGUCCUCUCAGUGACUAUUUAACAGCUAUUAGAACACGAAUACGUCCACUUGCGUUAUUUUCAUCCGCAAUGGGGUUUUGCAAUUUGCAAUAAGCAACACGUAGACAGAAGUUCGUUAAUAACUGCUUACGACUCUUCGCGAGUGCAAUUUCUACAAAUUUUCUUUAUUUCUUUGACCUUCGCAUAUUUCCAACAUGUGUGACGAUUCAAUAUACUGGAAAUUUAUAUACAGCAAGAAUAAUUAGCAUUAAGAUUAUCAUUCGAAAUUAGAUUUUAGGGCGUAUGGUAUUGCGCCUGAAGUAGAAUAGAACAGACUUCUCCAGGUCGAAGCUGUGCUCGCAGAAAUAAUUCCAAACAGGACUUCUCAAAACCUUUCCGCUUAAAAUGUAUCGCGGUAUUCAAAUUCCCUAUGCUUCCAAUUCGAUCUGAGUCGUCGAGUUGUUUCUGGUCUCUUGAAACAUUAUCAGAAAUCCACGGGUGUUUACAGAAAGCGUUCUCGAUCAUUAACAUCUCGAUAUUCGUAAAUCGAACGCUAUGACGCAUAAAAUAAUCUCGAUUAAUCGGCUCCGUAUUGCUGUUACUUUUCUUCAAGGUGCGUUCCAAGUUUCCCUAUUCGACAUUUCUGUCGAGCUUAGUCCUUUCGCGGUCAAGUCAAUGUUUUGGUUGAGCUCUGAGCCAAUCAGAUUGCAGGAAAUUACAUAUCCAGAUCUGGUUGUGGCCCGGACUGUAUAUACUUCCACGAAUCAUGUUAAUUUCAUAUCUUUUGAUAAUGAUGACAUGAAACCAUCGAAACGUCAAUUUACUUUUUUAUCGUUGAUUUCAGGUUUAAAUCACAACAUCAAUAAACAAAAUCUUGCAAAAUUUGGUUUCGUUCUCUCCUUACCAAAACCCGUUAAGGGGCCACUCCAAAGGAGAGGACGCCUCUGGUGCCAGCCUUAUUUUACUGAAUAAUCUUUAAAGUUCUCUAACUAUGUACUGCGGACUCUUUUUAAUAAAGAAAAGUGUCACUUAAGAACCACCCCCCCCCCCCCGGGUCACGGUAGUCACAAGGAUAAAAAGGAAAAAUUUUCCAUCGUAAAAAAGCUAAUGUUGUAGUCACAUCCAUUAACAUUCAUGACCAAAAUUACCUUUUUAAAGGUAAUUUUUAGCUUUUACAAAAGCUAAAUGAAACACGGAAUCAAGUGGUUCAGCCAUGCGGAGGUUGAAAAAAAAAUGUAUUAGAUGCAUGGGUGAUACCGUCUGUCAUUUGUAUUUUAUGGACUUCAAGUGGGUUUCAGGCUCUGUCAUAAUUCGAUAGAUCUGAAUUCAGUUACGAUUCUAGUUUGCAUAAAUCCCUUUUCAGGACAAAAACCCUGCUCUUUUCUACUAACACUGAGGGAUUCCAGUUUAGGGAGAGCUCCCUUUCUGCUCAUCAUAGAAGUUUGUUACUCUGCUAAAACUGCCUAAUUUUCUAGAAUAAUUUUCUCCUCCCUCACCAAUUUCAAAGUCAAUACAGUGUCAUUACUGUACUUAUCAAGACAACAAAUGGAUGUGUGGCUCAACACUUUUUUAGGAACAUUGAAAAAUUUAUACAAAUACAGCAAAUUUUUAAAUAUCAGUGCAGUAAUGCAUGGGUUGUCUAGAAAUGUUUGUAUGUCAAGCAGGACUUGCACUCACUAUUUUAAACUGAAGUCCGGAUCAUUGAAUAUUCCUAGAAGUUAAUUUGUUUAUGAGCGCCUUUAGUAAGGUCAGUAAGAAUUGUAAAAUGUCGUCAUUAUCUCCCAGGUGGUUGUCGGUAUGGAAAUUCAAGUAAAGCCUUUAUCUACUCCUUGACCAAUAACAACGGUUCUGGACACGCUGUGUACAAUCCUGUUAAGCUGCGAGUCAAGCCUGAUAGUUACCAUCAAGCUGUAAGAAGGUGUGAUUCAGAUGGACCAAUAUUUGGCUGGAAAGAUAUUCGCAUAUCAAACAACUCUGCUAGUAACCAGGAUUCUUCUACUUAUUGUGGCAAGAAAUACCCUCUCCCACCAGGGUAUUGUUCAUCUGCUCGAAAGUGUACAUUCUAUGUUGGAAACUCCACAUUCACGCCAACAGAUAUCGAAGUAUUCUAUGAAACAACCACAUAA